AUGUCGAACACAAACUACCCCAACCUCAACCCCCAGCUGCAAAACGCAAAGGCUUCGGCCAUCAACGCUAAGGACGCUGUCGUCAACAGUAAGGUACGUGGCCACUUCGCUCCAGCCAGAGCUCUGUCGGCAUCCGUUCGUUGGGAGGAGCUCGCUGUGUGGCACAUCAGUCCACAGCUGCCGCUCUCUCUGGCGGGCGUUUGCAGCUUUGCUCUUGGAGCACGCUUCUUUCAAAGCUGGAGCCCCCUUAAGCUUGAUUCCAUCUUUGCUGACUUGUCUUUCUACAGUGAUUCCACUCUUUUGAGCAAAUCAGAGCUCCAACUCACCAUUCUCCCAGAUGCCAACGCUGCCUACCAGAACCUUGCCAACGGCCCCGCAGCCGAGAAGGCCAAGAUCGAGGGCCAGAAGACCUCGCAAGAGUACUCCAACCUGAUGGACUCCAAGAGAGUGCCUGACGAGCCCGCUGCCACUGGCCAGCCCCUGACUCACUACCACUCGUUCUUCUACAACCUCCUCAGCUGGGAAAACCCCCGUGUCACCACCAUCUCCUUCGCAUCCAUCCUCACCUUCAUCUUCUUCACCCGCUAUGUCCCCAUCCUCAAGUACCUGUUCAAGGCUCUCUACAUCGUCCUCGGUAUUACUGCUGCUGCUGAAGUCGUCGGCAAGCUUGUCAUGGACCGCGGCUUUGCUUCGCGUAUGCGCCCUCGCAAGUACUACACCAUCCCCCGCGAGACCCUCGAGGCCUCUCUGGACGAUGUUGAGCAGCUCAUCAACUUCUUCGUCAUUGAGUUCCAGCGCAUCAUGUUCGGCGAGAACGUCUUUGUCACCGUCGGUGCCUUCUUCAUCACCUUCAUCUCUUACUUCCUCGUCAAGAUCAUGCCCACCUGGGGCCUUGCUCUUCUCUUUACCACUCUGAUCUACACCGUUCCUCUUGUCUACAUCAACAACCGCGAGGUCAUUGACGCCCAGCUUGAGAACGCUAGCACCAUCAUCAACGAGCAGACCCAGCAGGUUCGCACCAUUGCUGCCGAGCAGACUCAGCACGCCACCGACAUUGCAAAGAGCACCGCCACUGACCUCUCCAACCGCGCCUCCGAGCUCAUCGGCCAGGCCAAGCAGCGUGCCGGUCAGGCUGAUGCCCCCAACCCUGCCAACCUGAACCCCGCCAAGAACGAGCCUGAGAGAGAAAUCAAGAAGGAGGAUAUCCAGAACGCCGCCAACGACCUUACCAACAAGGCUGCUGCCACCGCCCAAGACGCCGCCAACAAGACUUCUGCCUCCGCCCAGAACGCCUAUGACUCUGCCGCCACCACUGCCCAGAACGCCGCCAGCAAGACCUCUGCCACCGCUCAGGAUGCUGCAAACAAGACCUCUGCCACUGCUCAAGACGCUGCCAACAAGACCUCCGCUACUGCCCAGUCUGCUGCCGACAAGACCUCGCAAGCUGCUGGUAACUCUUACAACUCUUUCGGCUCCAAGAGCCAUGCCUCUGAGAGCUUCGACCGCUCCACUGAGCCCUUGACCGAAUUCGACGCCCCCAGCGCUCCCACCACCGAGCCCAGCGCUGCCGCACACACUCAGCCCAUUCUCCCUGAUGAGAACGUCUACCACGAGAACUCUGCACCUGAGAAGGUCAGAGCCGAGGCUCCCUUCUGUAAAGGAAUAACAUCAUCGCAUCUGAUACGGUCGUAA